AUGUACACCAAGGCGAUUCAGUUGCUUGCAGCACUCGCUGUUGCCCUCCCGGCGGUCCAUGCCUGCGUCGCAAAGGACGCCUUGCCCCAGGCUACGCAGACCAUCACCAACUCAAAGACCAUUGAGGUCGCCGCGGGCCAGACCUAUGAUGGAAAGAAUGCGCGUUUCGACAGAGGGGCGGGUGCCUGCAAGGAGCAGACAGAAGGAGGCCAGGCAGACACUGUCUUUCUACUCCGAAAGGGCGCGACCUUGAGGAACGCAAUCAUCGGCAAGAACCAGGGCGAAGGGGUGUACUGUAUCGGCGGUGGGUGUACCAUCGAGAACGUCUGGUUCGAGGAUAUCUGCGAGGAUGCCAUCUCCAUCAAGGAGGAUACCGCCGGGACUGUAACUAGAAUCAUUGGCGGCGGUGCGUAUCACGCCUCGGACAAGAUCAUCCAGCACAACGGAUGCGGCAGCGUCAGUAUCACAAACUUCUAUGCACGGGACUAUGGCAAGGUCUACAGAGCUUGCGGCACCUGCGACAAGUGCAAGCGUACCGUCACCGUCACGGGCGUGUCUGCUUACGGCGGCGGGGAGGUUGUCGGCAUUAACAAGGACACCGGCGACGUGGCAACACUGAACAAUAUCUGCACUGACGCCAAGACUCCUUGCCAGCUGUACAGCGGUCCUGGUGAGAAGGCUGGAGCUUGCUAA